GGAUCAAAAAUUCUUGAAUCCAUCUAUGUUUCCAAAUCAAAAUCUUUUUCCCGUUACCCACACACCAGCAGUUAUUAUCUUGAACAAAUUUCAGCUCUGAAGACAUACUUCUCCAUCACCAGGUUGUAUUGUAGUUCUUCUUUAGAUUGAAGAGAUUUCCAUCUUGAAAGUAUUUAGCUUGCAAAGACUUUACCAUCAUGGAAUCUGUAUCUGAACUUAGUUUCCAGCCCGACUUUGCAAGUAAAGCCCUGUUGAAAAUAUGCAUAUCACGAAAGCCCAAUCCACCCUCUUCCUUUGGUUUUUGAGUUCUUCUCCAGGUUAUGAUAUGAUUUCCUCUACACGAUUUUUUGUUUCUCCAAAAUUGUUGUUGUUUGCUACUCAUUCUCUUAAUUGUGACGUCUGGAAGCUUGAAACUAGUCUCAUGAUGAAUGAGUAUCGCAAUGGAGACAUUUUUGAUCAUUACUGAUCUAGCCGCCUCGGACAUGUUGCUACCACUCCAAUUAGAAUCUGUGGUCCAAUUAUCCCAUUAAAAAAACUCGCCCAGGGCUAAAAAAAGAAAAGGCAAUGGAGACUAGGCAACUGGUAAAAAGCGGAGGUUUUUAGUUUUUCAUCACAUACACAAUAGCCAUGGCAACCAUAACAUUCAGUGGAACGCUGACCUUCUUAUCUUCUUCUUCUUCUUCUUCUGCAACUUCUUGUUUUAGUAAGAGUAGAGUAAAAUCUCCUAACUGCGUUUUCAUCAAACCAUCUAAUGUUUCAGCUCCAAACAUAUCAUCACUCAGUCUAUCCAGGAGGAGAAUUAGUCAUCAUGAGGGAGUAGUCUUGUGUUCUAAAUCAAGGACUUUUCCUAAAGUUAUAUCCUCUUGUAUGGGAACUGAUACAUCCGAUUCUCCUAAGGAAGCAACAAUCGACUUAAAAUUUCCUCGAAGGAGCUUAAGUGUGCAGUUUACUUGCAACCAGUGCAGUGAAAGUACAAAAAGGCUUGUAAAUCGAGUAGCCUUUGAGCGAGGAACUAUUUUUGUUCAGUGUGCAGGGUGUCUAAAGCAUCACAAGUUAGUUGAUAAUCUAGGGCUGAUAGUUGAGUAUGACUUCCGAAAGGAAGAGGACAUGGACUUGGGUUCUAAUCAAGAUUGACUAUGAAUUUCAAUUUACAGUUUCUCACUCUCAAGGUUUCUUCCAAAGUGCCACUUCUCCAGUUAGGAUGACGUUAUAACGUACCGUGGAUUUUUUGUUCUGCAUUUUGGAUUUGAUCUCCACAUCUGUGUAAUAUCCUCUUAUUUUUGAACUCGACUUGGGAAGCUUCAAGAUUGUUGAACUACAUCUAGCGCGCUUUAGCGGUAGAUAGCCAUUAUUCCUCCAAUUUAGUUGGUUUCUUAAUCUCAA